UAAUUUCAAGCCGAAGGAUGGGUACAUAAAGCGCCCACUAGAAGGUCAAAACCCUAAUUCCUCUCCCUCUCGCUCUCCCGCCGCCGCCGCCGAUCUCCAGCCGUCGCCAUGCCGUUCAAGAGAUACGUCGAGAUCGGGCGAGUUGCCCUCGUCAACUACGGCAAGGAUUAUGGCAGGCUCGUCGUAAUUGUCGACGUCCUCGAUCAGAACAGAGCUUUGGUUGAUGCCCCAGACAUGGUUCGUGGCCAAAUGAACUUUAAGAGGCUUACCUUGACCGACAUCAAGAUUGACAUCCCGAGGAUCCCUAAGAAGAAGUCCUUAAUUGCUGCAAUGGAAGCUGCUGAUGUGAAGAACAAGUGGGAAAACAGCUCGUGGGGAAGGAAGUUGAUUGUGCAGAAGAGAAGAGCAUCCUUGAACGACUUUGACAGGUUCAAGGUCAUGUUGGCCAAGAUCAAGAGGGGAGCUGCUGUCAGGCAAGAGCUUGGAAAACUCAAGAAGCAGACCGCCGCCUAGAAGACACAUCGUUAUCUAUUGCUGAUUUAGUUUGUAUUUCGGCUGUGAUGCCAUUUUGUCCUUGUUUUGUUACUUUUAGGUUUAAAGAGUACUCCUUGAAUAUGUUUUAUGUUUGUCUGCCUUAUUGUACGAGUUAUUUGAAGUUAGGGUUUGGAGUUGCGAAGCAGGAUGAUGAAUUUGCUUGUUCAAUGGGAAUUUUGAAAUUUUAAAAGCAGGUUUCUAAAUAUUUGUUU